ACUGCUCUCUGGACAAUACUUGCUCUUCUUGCCUGUCACAGAAGCCCUACUUCGCAACACCCCAGCCUUGGUUGGGGGGCUCACUGCCCCUUUCCUGCUUGAUGCAUUCAUCGGCUUUUAUAAGUCAAAUGUUUAAUGCGAGCCGUUGCUCGCAACUUGUCGGCCGGAGCAAACAGGCUGUCACUGGGCAGUUCACUGGGCAGGUCCGGUAUGCGCCGGGGCCGCUGGCGGAGCUUGGGCCACUGACGCGCACAAAACAAGUGCACGUAGCAAGUUGCUCGUGGCAUAAGCGUGUGCGGGGGCGGCAGUGCCGGGCCGGCGCCGCCGCCGCUGGCGCGGGUGCUGACGGCGAGUCGGCGGCGGGAGGAGACCCGGCAGGCGCCUCAGGCCCCACCUCCCCCGCCCCCUCCACCUCCUCCUCGUAUGAUGAGGCAGUUUUGGAGCUGGCACGUAGCUACCAGCGAGUGCAGCACCCGGCGCUGUCCAAUGUGCGCUACUCCAUCGCCGUCGCGGACUUCAUAGAGCAGGCGGUCCUGGCCUACGAGUGCGGCUAUGCCGAGCCGGACGUGGCGGCGGCGCUGGGGCGGCUGGCGGCAGAGGGGAGGCUGGCGGGGCUGCAGGACUUUGACGCGGCCGAGUGUGUGUCGCUGGUGGCGGUGGUGUGGGUGACACUGGCGCUCAGCCCCAUGACCGUCAAGCGCUGGGCCACAGUUGCGGCGGUGUCGGAGCCCACGUUUGCCAGCUGGCGCGGCUUCGUGGCCAUGAUCGUCAACGGCUACUUCGAGCGACGCAUGGCCUGGUACCCACUGGACCGGCUGCAGCUGGAGCUGUCGGCGGUGCAGGGCCGCUCGCUGCCUCAGGAGGUGGUGGCGGAGCACGCGCGCAUCGUGUUCACCACACUGGAGAAGGUGUACCCGCAGUUCGCCGCGGACUAGGGCGGCAGGACGUGGGGACACCCGGGCCCCAGGGCGUCAAUGUGGAGGGCGCGCUCCACACGGGGUGCGGCGUUUUGGUCACUUGUAUCUGGCCAGUGCAGCUUGUAAGAUAUGAUACCCCAAUGUACGGUACGACCUUUUGUAGUUCUCCUGAAUGCUGAGCCCCCAAACCUUCGAUACUAGCUUAGGAUGGGUACAAAUGAUAGCGAAGAAUGUACAAGUAAUGGACCAGUCCGGGAGAUGAGGUACCGUAGUUCCACAACCUUCGGCCUCAGACAUGCACCAACGUGGCGUGGGCGCUCGCCACUUUUCCCACUCUUGUCCAUAAUGUGACGCAAUGCGUUUGGCAUCCCUUGGCAUCCCUUUUGAGAAUGAUGAUUUUGCCGCAUGUCAGGGCUGCAAUUUGCAAGUACUCCGCGCCAGACGCAUUAUGAUGUGGUUGGGGUGAGUACCAUAUGUCAGAUCUUUCAAAGAAAGUGGCUCUGAAGCAAGCGUUGCUGUGUGUCACUGUGGCAUUUGGGCCCUGACUUGGCGUGGACUGCAGGGGAGCGGGUGCAUGCGGUGGUGGGGUUACACGCCACACGGGAGCUGAGUACGGCACGCAGCGUGCAGCCCGCUUUGCGUGCGUUUGGGGGAGGAGAGGCAGGGGCGGAUGACACGGUUCUGAAGGCGUUGCCCCGUUCCUGCGAGUCGCCAGAUGCCAGGGUCUUGAUUCUCUUGAACGUGCGGCAAGCUUUGAGGUGACAUAUCCAGGGCAGGGCCCUCGCCCCUGGGUGCUGGUCUGCUGCCUGCUAGAGCGUUCUGGCAAGGGCACGCACUGACAUGCCGAUUUAUGUCUGGAGGCAUUGAGAUAGGCGCCCUGGCGGAAGGCCGGUAAGCUUGGCAGAAAGCCGGUAAGCG